AUGAGUGCUUCGGCUGAUCCGUAUCUGCUGGCAUCGACGAUUCUCACGCCGGACGAGCUUCCGAAACUGGCGUUGGUCACCUACGACGCAGCGGCACACCUCGAUGCUGCGUUAUCAUCUUCGGAUCUGCCGCCGCCGCCGCACCUGCAGCGCAUCUUUGUGAUCGUGUCGAAUGUCACGCUGGGCGUCGAGCAGUCGUGUGUGCUCGUGAUCAAGCCGCGGCGCAAGCAUCCCACGACGGCAGCGCUGCUCAGCGUCAUCCCCAUCCUGCCGGAGCUCAAGAUCGAGAUCGAACCGCAGCAGGGCCUCACCGCCUCCGCCGCCACGCCGCGCAACCAUCCGCCCGCCGCCACCACGCUCGGCCUCUCGAGCCUGCCGCAGUCGCUGCCCACCAUCCACACGCUGCUCGAGAGCGUCGUCCCGGACCUCUUUGCGCCCGACAAGGCCGCCACCUCCAAUUCGGCGCUCCGAUUCUCGCUCUCCUUUGCGGGACAGUCCGCCGAGGGCAUCACCAGCGACGCACGCGGCCUCAAGGACUUCCUCAGCGUGCUCAAGGACCUCCUCAAGGUGGCGCAGCAGCAUGCGUUUUCGGCGGCAACUACGCAUCAGUGGAUGAGUGCAUAUACCCAGGACCUCGCCGGCCCGAGUCAGGAGCACGCGCCUUCAGCUGCGCCCCAUCUCGACACGCCCGUCUUCUCGCGCUUUUCGCACAGCAGCUUUGUGCCCAGCUCGGCCGAGUCGGCCACCGCACCGGCGCGGCCGGCCUCGCCCACCGCCCACGACAUCCGCAUCUCGGUCGGUACGUUCAACGUCAACGGCCAGCUGCCGCGCGAGGACAUCCCGACCAUCGUCGGCCUCAAGAGGUGGCUGCGCGCCGAGGAGGACCCGGACCUCAUCGUGCUCGGCUUCCAGGAGCUCGACACCUCCAGCGGCGCGUACCUCUACUACUCUCCCGCGCGCGAACACGCCUGGACGCACGCCAUCACUCAGGCCCUCGGCCGUCGCGCCCCGACCUACCGCAAGAUCGCGGCGAAACAGCUCGUGGGACUUCUCAUCCUCGUGUUUGCGCGUGCCGAGCUGGAACACGAGAUCGCCGACGUGGCCGCCGCGAGUGUCGGCGUGGGGCUGGGUGGGUUCGUGGCCAACAAGGGCGCAGUAGCCGUGAGGAUGCAGGUGGGCAGCAGGACGAUGUGCUUUGUCAACUCGCAUCUGUCGGCCUUCGAGGGAUUGCAGGCCAUGGAGAGGCGGUGUUGGGGCUGGAACGAGAUCUACAAGCGGCUCAGGUUCCGCAUUCCCCUGCAGGGCGGAGAGGGCGUGGAGGCCUCGACUACAAGCAGCAGCCAGGAGACGGACAGGCAAGCCGAGGCUGCGCACGGCGAUGCUGGGGCAGUGACGGCGCAAGCAGAAGCAUCGAGCGAGCCAACGGAGCCCACUCGCACUUCCGACCGGGACAGUCGUGCGUCGAGCCCACCACCCACCGACGACUCUGCCACUGACCCUGCUUCGCACCCUGCCGUCGACGCCAGCAUCGCCUCGACGAGCGACGUGGACGGCGCAGCGGCCGCGGUGCUCUCGACCCCCUUCCGGGAGCAAUCCAUCCUAGAGCACGACAUGGUCAUCCACUUUGGCGACCUCAACUUCCGACUGGAUCUGUCGCACUCGGAAGCGCACCGGCUCAUCCGCGCACGCCAGUACGCCCUGCUGCACCGGUACGACCAGCUGGAAUCGCUGCGCACAUCGGGCGCGCUUUUUGACGACUUCCUCGAGGCUCCGCUCACGUUCGCGCCCACGUACAAGUUCGACGUGCACACCGAUCGGUACGACACAUCCGACAAGCAGCGCAUCCCCGCCUGGACGGACCGCAUCCUCUGGUCGGUCACAUCCGAGUGGUCCGACGAUGGCUCGCUCUCAGCCACAGCCGAGGUCGGGGACAAGGAGCGCAGGUUGGGGGUGGUGCAGCAGUCGUACGAGUGCGUGUCGGAGCUCAGGUUUAGCGAUCACCGUGCGGUGCGGGCGACGUUUGUGGUGCGGAUACGCUAG